AUGGUGGAACAGGGCUUGAACCAAGGGAGGGCAGCGACUUGGGUCAUGGGUCAUCAUGAACCCUCUUAUAUUCCCACCCAACCAUAUUCCUCCGGCCUAGAUCAUGUCUGGACGGGGAUAUCAAACUCAUUGGACUACACCCUGCUUCGGAAUCUCGAGGCACCAACAUCUCAUGAUUUCCCAAGCGGCUACUUGGCCUGUGAUGGAUUUUUUAAAUCGCUCGGGCAAGGAAGUUUCCGCUCCGGGUUCAGCCUUAUGAAAUGGCGGUAUGAUCAGCGUAGGGAGGCCCAAGCCAUUCUCCCGUACCUAUACGUGGGGCCGACAGCUUCCGCGCGAGAUGUUGAGUUUGUGAAAAGCGCAGGAAUUACGUGCCUCCUCGGAAUUAGGGGUCCUCUCCCUCACCACGCGCGUGUUGUCAAUGCACACAAAUGUGCGACCGCCCUAGGCAUUGAAACUGACAACAUUGUCGUCGCGAAUGACCAAGAAUUUAUUAAAACGCUUCCUGACAUCAUUCAGAAAAUCAACGAGCACAUAUGCUGCUGCCCAGUCCACCACACGGAUGCAGCCACCAUGCCCGGAAAGGUCGCCCCAAGCCAGCCGUGGAAGAAGGUUCUGAUUUUCUGUGAGACGGGGAACGAGCGUUCAGCAGCUGUCGCUAUCGCCUAUUUGAUGGCCAUGCUCAACUACGAUGUUCUAACCGCCUUCAUCAAUGUCCAGGGCAGAAGACUCUGCUGCAAUCUUCCCGAAUCCAUGAAGCACGUGCUCCAGACAUUUGAAUCCAUCCUUGCAGCGAAAAGAGAUGUCGUCAAAGCGCAAAACGCAACCAACUGUUCCAACGGAAGUGCGGCCACCAUCGCAGGAUUAUCCAACCCUAAGAAAAGAGCAAUUGACGCCAUGCAAGGGUUAGAAGAUUGUGUAGGUGACGUUCCGGAUUCUGAGCUUCUGGCCCGCUUAGACCAAGAGCGCUUCAUAUCUAGAAGCCCUCAACCUCCUUUCAACGAUGUACCCGGCGGCUAA